UUGACCAAUCAGAGGCGGCAGAGGGGAGCGCGCGGCCAACCCCGAGCGAGAGGGGCGGGGCCUCGGGGGAGGGGCAGGGCGCAGGGUAUCAUGGAGGAUCAGAAGGCAAACUGGCCAUCAGAGCAGCGCCGAUCCCCGGGAGUCCCUCAGCCGCUUUCUCACCGCCGCACGAGACCUUCCGCCAUGGACAUGAAGAAGAGGAUCACCCUGGAGCUGCGGAACCGGAGCCCGGCGGAGAUGGCGGAGCUGGUGGUGGACAACAGCCGCUCUGCCGACGGGGAGGUGGAGGGGCUCACGGACGCCUUCGUGGAGCUGGAGUUCCUCAGCAUGGUCAACGUGGGCCUGAGCUCGCUGGGCCGGCUGCCCGCCCUGCCCAAGCUGCGCAAGCUGGAGCUGAGUGACAACAACCUGUCUGGUUCUCUGGAGACGCUGAAGGAGAAAUGUCCAAACCUGACGUACCUGAACCUGAGCGGCAACAAGAUCAAAGAGCUGAGCACCGUGGAGGCCCUGCAAAACCUGAAGUUCCUCCAGAGUCUGGACCUGUUCAACUGUGAGAUCACGUCCCUGGAGGACUACCGGGAGAGCGUGCUGGAGCUGCUGCCCCAGGUGACCUACCUGGACGGCUUCGACCACGAGGACAACGAGGCGCCCGACAGCGAGGCCGACGACCACGACAAGGCGGCGCCGCCGACCGGAGACUACGACGAGGAUGAUGAAGACGAGGAAGACGAGGACAGCUCUGAGGGAGGAGAGGUGGGCCUGAGCUUCCAGGGGACCCGGAGCAGUCAGGUUGUGGACGACUUCGGCGAGGAGGAGGAAGAGGAGGACGAAGAGGACCAGGCCGGCGCUCAGGGGGAGAAGAGGAAGAGGGCCGUCGAAGACGAGGAUGACGAAGACGAGGAGGAGGACGACUAGUCCGGUUCCCCCAGACCAGCGUCGCUUUCAGUCCGUCUCACUUUUCGAUAAUAUAUAUACACAAGAAGAUUUGAUCAGAACUCCAGUCCACGUGUCCCUUAAACCUGGUCCAGGUCCUGAAUCUGAUCCACCAGCAGGACUUCCUGUCAGCAGAUAUGUGGAGACUUCAGAAUGAUGUCACUUCCUGUCUCCGUCUGGCCUACAAGUCCAGACGACAAGACUCGUGUCUCUUAGACCAGAAGAACCGGAUCAGACGGAUCUGAAUCCUUUGGCCCGGUCCUCUGGACUUCGGACCUCCAUCGAGUCCUGAUCCAUAUCGGGAUCCGGAGCCUCGAGUUUCCUCCCGCCGACAGGAAGUGAAGAGAUCACCUGACGACCGCAUCCUGUCCACACCGAGAGACCAGAACCGGUUCUUCCUGCUGCCAUAUCUGAUUCUGGACCCAUCGGGGCCCCCCCCUUAAGGGUCUCCCGUCCGGUCUGGACCCUCGAGUCUCUGGUCCCUGUGUGUUCUUGGGGGGCCUCUGGGGGCCAUUAGUUCCGUUUGUUUCCUUUGGAGCGACUUCCUGUCCCAGGACUCCAUGUUGGCGUCGUAUGGAUAACUGAAGGUUUGGACUUCCUGUCUGCUCUUAACAAAAUAAAGGCGUACAACACCAACAUUUAGUUUCCUGGCGACUGAGCUGCUCAACCUCAGGCCCCGCCCCCUCGACCUCAGGCCCUUCCCCCUCUCGUAGUCCGACGCACCUGUGAUGCGUUCAGGUGCUCCUCAAGUUGCCUGAACGUAAUGUUGCAGUGCAUUAUGGGAUACUGCGGGGGCGGGGCCUGCGUCUGAUUCAGGUGCUGCUGCUCUGCGUGGGAUUCUGCAGCUUUAAGACUUUUACUAAACAGUUUGAGCUUUUAUCUCGUUGUACACACUUCAACACACAGGAAGUGUGUGUUUAACCCUGUCUUACUCAUCAGGCGUCUGUUCACACAGAUCGGCCAAUCGGAGCCCUGUGGAGGGCGACUAGGGGGCGUGGCUUCUGUUAGCUUAGAGGCUACGUAGCAUCAGUUCAUUCAAAGAAACUAAGUAGUGUGUCAAAGGUCGUGACCUCAAACUGGUUUUAAGGCAAUAUUGUAAAUACUCAGUUUCAGGUUUUAUUUUGUAGUUUAAAUGUUUUGAAGUGCUAGUUGACCUUUGACCCCUCUGUUACUGUCCCUCACCCCGACGUUGGCGGAUUGUUUGACUCUGUGACGAACAUGUUGAGGGUUUUGAAUAAAAACAUUUCAAAGAACAA